AUGAAUUAUAAUAAUUCCGUAUUGAUAGGUAAUUGGAAUGAAGAAAGACUGAAAAAUGAGUUUGAAUUAAAGUUGUUUUUGAGAAAACGUGAAAGACAUGAACUACUUUUACAAAAAUCACGUACUUUGUUUAGCAAUUUGCUGAAAGAGAGACCCCUUGCCAUAAGUGGAACAUACGUAUUAUUCGGCUACAAUGUACAAAUAGUGGCAACAGAUAUGUCAGUUGAAGGUUUCGCAAGUAGCGGAAAAUCGCGUUAUGGUUUGGCAUUAUCCAGUCUGGUGAGUGAGCGGCAAGUAGACUAUAUCCAGAACAUAGAUGAUGGAUGCCUUAUGACCCUGUCGCCAAUCACUACGCCCUGUUGUCGGAACACUUUCGUCAUACUGAGCGCAAAGGACGAAAGCUUGCGUGGUGUAAAAAUGAACUACGGUGACGAAUUUCUUCUGAGGGCAGAAAACUAUGGAGAUCCUCAGUCGCCACCAUUAUAUGUUCGGUAUACGCCAGAAGGUGCACCAUCUUCCACGGACCGUAUGCCUAUACAGCUUAGCUCUAGCAAGGACUCGUGUUGUCGUUGGACGACAAUGCCUUUAUUGCCCCGUGACCGUCUUGAAGGCUUAGGCAGUCCAGUCAAGACUAGCACUAAGUUGAUUAUCAAAAACUGUGUCGCAGACAAAAAUUUAUGUGUCAUGUCUCAAAACUGGAUGCGGACUUUCUUUGGCCCGGAAUGUGGGGUGACCUGCAAGAACUAUUUAGACAUUCACAAGAGGUGUACUGCUGAGAACAUCUUCUCACUGGUCAGUGAUGUUGAAACUAAGACAAAGGGAUGA